AUGGCACCGCCUGGUGUCGUCUUGGCAUUUCUAUGUCAUUUCAUACUUAUUCGGCUUGCGCGUGCAGCACGGCCAAGUGUAGCUCAAUCUGUCUUUCUUGCAGAGGAUCCACAAGACGACCUUGAAGAGCGAUUCCGCAGGUUGAUUGGCAAGAAUGUUCCUCAUCAGGACUCUGACAGAGAAAGAUCAGUGGAAAAAUCAUAUUUGUGCAAACGGAACUCUCCUGAUCUCAUGCUUCCGCUCAGCAUGUGGCUUGCUUCAGCCCUGAAGGAUCAGCCUCCAUCCUUCCAAGCGCAGAAACGGCAGGAGGACAAAGAGGCUCCGUCUGCAAAGACUUUUGGCUCCUCAAAGGGGGACAUCCAGCAACAGCAGGACAUUGCACAUCAACUUGAUGAAAGCUGUGGUGGGGGCACUCUCCACUUGAAUCGGGGGCUUUACCAUGUUCCAAAGGUCCAGCGGCUUCAUCGAGUGCGUAAGAGUGUGAGAAUGUGA